CCGAUUCCAUAACCUCAUAAGUCUAGCAUUUGUUGUCUGUUGAUGCGCUAAUCCCCGAGGGACACGUCAAGAGUCAAGACCCCUAGAAUCGAAUUCCCUAUACCCACGAAGCAUCAAAUGACCCUGAGGAAGAUCUGAUAAAGUGUCUCAUGUGUUUGGUGGCCCCAAGUGAAGCUUAGCCUGGUGAAGAGUUAGCACAGAGUAAUUGUUGAUGUUCCGGGUGUUUUAGUUAACAAUCUAAUGUUGCGAUUACUUCUACUGAGUGCCCUGGUUCUCCAGGGGAUGUGCACCGACCCUGAGGAGGCCGAGGGAGUCAAAUAUGCCAGCAAAUGUGAAGUCUGCAAAGUAGUGGCUCACGAGCUCGAAUCGAAGCUGGAAGAGACUGGUAAGAGUCACGAUGUCCUGGAGUUGGGAUAUUCCCUGGAUGAUGUCAAGCCGAAGAAGAAGAAAGAGUACAAAAAAUCAGAAUUAAGGUUACUGGAAUCCCUGGAGCACGUCUGCGACAGAAUCCUUGACUACAACAUCCACAAGGAACGGACGGACAGCACCAGAUUCGCCAAAGGGAUGAGUCAAACGUUCCAGACCCUUCACGGUUUAGUUGAUAAGGGAGUCAAGGUGGACUUGGGAAUUCCCUACGAACUCUGGGACAAGCCCUCGGCGGAGAUUACGCACCUGAAGUCCCACUGCGAACAUUUAAUCGAGUAUCAUGACUCUGACGUUCAAGACUGGUAUUAUAGUCACCAAGGAAAAAUUCCUUUGAUCAAGUACUUGUGUGAGGAGAGAGCCCUAGUCGGUGAAGACAGUUCGUGUCUGCAGGAAAAGGGUGACACAGGAGAUUCCAAAAUUCUGGAAAAGAAACCAAAGCAGAAAAAACAGAAGAAGAAGGCGAAAACCAAGGAGACUGAUGAGAAGGACAAGACCGUGAAAGAAGAACUCUAAUACUCUUCGUGAUUCCAUAUCUAGAACUCUGAUAUUUUUGUGAUUUUAAUGACAGUUUAACCAUAAAAAGCCAUAUGUGAAUACACGCAUGAAAAAAUUAAAGAGAGACUCUAACGUUUUCUCCACAAAUAUCUAUGGAACACCAUUAGAAACUCAUAAUUCUCCAUAGAAAAUGUUAGGGUCUCCUAUUAGAUUUUUACAAUGUGUAUAAAUAGUUCCUAUAAUGACCAGAAAAUCCUUCGAACAUUCAAUGAGAUUUUAGGGGAUAAGGAAAGAUGACUCCUCGUACUGAGCGUGUGUGUGUGUUCUACUACUUUCGUACACAUUCUCUCAUCUGUAUAACUGCCAACAAAUGAAUCUGAAAUGAAGUGAGUGAAUAAAAGAUCUAAAAUAACAAA